CUUUGAUUAUUCUCUCUCUUUUCCUCUUUUCCUCUUUUUUAUACUUUCCUUGUUCCUAAUUAUAGUUGUAUCCAUGAUCUCUUUGUUGUAUGUUUAUUUAUUUAUUUUUACUAUCUUAUGCUCGAUCCAUGGUAGAUGGAGCAACCAAUUGCAGCAAAAAAGGAGGUGGGUGAAUUUAUCGAAGAAAUUAAAAGAAAAUGAUUAGAUGAAAUGGUUACACGCUUCAAUUUUUGAAUUUCAGAAGUAUCCAUUUUCUUAGAAUAAUCCAAUGUCCCAAAACUAUCAUUACCAACGUCUUGUUAGUUUCUCGAAUGAAUUCAUGAGACCUCAUGAAGACCAACAACAACAACAACAUAUUGCUCACCAGAUCCAACGAGAUAAAUUAAGAGUAGAAGAAGGGUUCGAGCCAGAAGGAGAAUCAGGUGGAAUCCAAGUUUAUGAGACGGCCGGAAUGUUGUCUGAAAUGUUCAAUUUUCAGACAACAGCCACGGCCACUAUGACUGCUACUGAGUUGUUGCAGAAUCAAUCGUCACAUAACUAUAGAUACCCUAAUCAACAGCCACAUCAUCAACAACAACAACUUCCGACCACGGAGUGGUUUGGUAACCGACAAGAGGUCGUAGUUGGCAGAAGUUUACAGGUACCAUUUGGGGAUGAAAAAGGUCAUGUGAAUGCGAAGGUAUUGAGUAACCGUGAUAGUGUAACUGCUUAUUACCAGUGUCAACACAAUCAAGUACCAACUAUAAAUACGGCGGAGUCCAUGCAACUUUUUCUUAUGAAUCCACAACCAAGGUCACUACCAUCACAAUCUUCUUCACAACCUACUACUUCAACUCUUCAUCAAAGGUUUCCAUGUAGUCCGGCGGGAGGGCAUUUUGGUCAAUUCAUAUGUGGAGGAGCAAGUACUUCUAAUCCAAUUGGAGGAGUACUAAAUAAUGUGAUUGAUCAAGGGCAAGGUCUUUCGUUGUCCUUGUCAUCUAGUUUACAACAUUUGGAAGAAGCCAAAGUGGAAGAAUUAAGGAUGAGUAGUGGAGGAGAAAUGUUGUUUUUCAAUCAAGAAAGUCAAAAUCAUCAUGUUGGUUUUGGGUCGUCACUAGGACUAGUCAAUGUGUUGAGGAAUUCAAAGUAUGCAAAAGCGACACAAGAGUUGUUGGAAGAGUUUUGUAGUGUUGGGAGGGGUCAAUUAUUCAAGAAGAUCAACAAAGUUUCUAGGAAUAACAACACAACAUCAGCCUCUAUUAACUCUAGUGGAAGUAAUAAUAAUUCAUCUUCUUCAAAGGAUAUUAUCCCUGCUCCUAAUUUGUCAGCUGCAGAUAGACUUGAUCAUCAGAGAAGGAAGGUCAAACUUUUAUCCAUGCUUGAUGAGAUAGACAAAAGAUACAACCACUAUUGCGAACAAAUGCAGAUGGUUGUAAAUUCAUUUGAUCUAUUCAUGGGUUUCGGAGCUGCGGUUCCUUACACCGCACUUGCUCAGAAAGCCAUGUCUCGGCAUUUCAAGUGUCUAAAAGAUGGCGUCGCGGAGCAAUUGAAGAAGACAUGUCAGGCGCUGGGCGAAAAAGACGCCAGCAGCACUUCGGGGCUGACUAAAGGUGAGACGCCAAGGCUUAAGGUGCUUGAACAAAGCUUGAGGCAACAAAGGGCUUUUCAACAAAUGGGAAUGAUGGAACAAGAAGCUUGGAGGCCACAAAGAGGCUUGCCUGAACGAUCUGUCAACAUAUUAAGAGCUUGGCUUUUCGAGCAUUUCCUUCAUCCGUAUCCAACUGAUGCAGAUAAACAUCUGUUAGCACGUCAGACUGGUCUCUCCAGAAACCAGGUAGCAAAUUGGUUCAUAAAUGCAAGGGUGCGAUUGUGGAAACCCAUGGUAGAAGAAAUGUAUCAACGAGAGGCUAAUGAAGAUGAUGAUGACGACAUGCAGGAAAACCAAAACAGUACUAAUGCGCAAACAUCAACGCCUAAUAUUAUUACUACCAAUUCUAACAUUACACAAACAAAAUCAGCUGCCACUGCCACAAUUGCUUCACACAAAAUAUCCCAAAUUAAUGCCCUUGAAAACGACCCUUCAAUUGUCGCAAUGAAUACCAAUUAUUCUUCCUCUAUGCCAAUUCAAAUUACCAAUUUCCCGACGAUUCAAGAUGAUUCCGACCACAUCUUGUUCCGUCGGGAAAUGCUGUCCGGUGAUGAAUAUGGGACCACAAAUAAUUCUGAAAUUGGAUCCACCAUGAUAGCAUUUGGGACCGCUUCGGCUGGUGAUGUUUCACUUACCUUAGGACUGCGCCAUGCGGGAAAUUUACCCGAGAAUACUCAUUUUUUCGGUUAAUUAAGAUAUUUUUUAUUCGAAGAAUGCUACAUAAAUUAUGAUGUAGUAUAUUAAUAGUGUAACCCCAUUAGUUUAAUUAUAGUACUAAAUUCUGCUGCAGUAAACCAGAUUUUGGUUGCACAUACUUUUCUCUCUAGAGUCUAAAUCAUGUUAUGCCGGAC